GUCACGGACUGCGAGAGUAGAGCCGGUUGGAAUUCUUUCAUCUCGGUUUCUCCAGCUCGGAUUCCUAGCGUGGAGCAGGGACGCCGCUCCUCCCUUGCGGUGGGCGUCGGCGCGGGCCCUCAGCAGUAGGCAGAAUGAGUCUGCAUAUCUUAAAUGACGAAAAUGUCCCCAGUGAAAAAAGUUCAGAAAGCCGUGACUUCCUGUUUUCACAACCGGAACUUACCGGAAGAUCCUCUGUUCUUCGUCUGUCACAGAAAGAAAAUGUGCCACCCAAGAACCAGGCUAAAGCUGCCAAGGUGACUUUUCAGACACCUCUUCGGGAUCCACAGACGCGCAGGAUCUUAAGUCCUAAUGUGACCAACAAACUCGAGACUUCUUUUGCUCUGGAUGGCGCUGUUGAAUUAGAAAACAAUCAAUGUGUCUGCUUACAGGAAGAGAAUCAGCUGCCGUUAGCCCCAGUGGAUGAUACACCUGUGGUUCAGUUGCCAGCCGGGAUCCUAAAAGCAGAAGGUGAGGUCCAGGUGGGAAUCUUGAAUUCUUCAAGCACUUCAGCUUCCACAAGUUUUCUGGACAGUGAAUUGGUAGUGCCUCCUGCUGAGCCAGUUCUGGAGCCUUCUCAUCAGGGACCAGAGCCUACCAUGGAUGGCAAACUGAUGGCCCCUCCUGCUGAGCCAGUUCUGGAGCCUUCUCAUCAGAGACCAGAGCCUAUCUUAGAUAGUGAGCUGGUGGUCCCUCCUGCUGAGCCAGUUCUGGAGCCUUCUCAUCAGGGGCCAGAGCCUAUCUUGGAUAGUGAGCUGGUGGUCCCUCCUGCUGAGCCAGUUCUACAGCCUUCUCAUCAGGGGCCAGAGCCUACCAUGGACGGCAAACUGAUGGCCCCUCCUGCUGAGCCAGUUCUGGAGCCUUCUCAUCAGGGGCCAGAGCCUAUCUUGGAUAGUGAGCUGGUGGUCCCUCCUGCUGAGCCAGUUCUACAGCCUUCUCAUCAGGGGCCAGAGCCUACCAUGGACGGCAAACUGAUGGCCCCUCCUGCUGAGCCAGUUCUGGAGCCUUCUCAUCAGGGGCCAGAGCCUAUCUUGGACCUAAAGGAAGAGAGCUUCAGAGACCCAGCAGAAGUUCUAGGUACCGGCGCUGAAGUAGAUUACCUGGAACAGUUCGGGACAUCCUCGUUUAAGGAGUCAGCCUGGAGGAAACAGUCUUUGUACUUGAAAUUUGAUCCCCUCCUGAAAGAAAGCCCUCAGCGGCCAAUGCCAGUGGUCCCAGUGACAAAUAGUGAGCAGGAUGCAGAUGAGUCUGGCUCGGGACAUCCAAUAGAAGGCAAGCUUGUGGACUUAGAUUUCUCAGGAGCUCCGGAUGUUCCAGCGCCAGGCCCACCCCUGUGUGUCCUUGAGCCUAGAGGCCUCCUUCUGACUGAGCCCACUGAAGAUGUGCUGCAGUACAGCCAGAAAGACCUAGACGCACUGGUGAAUGCGACACAACAGGAGAACUUGGAGCUGAGGAGCAAGUAUGAGGACCUCAACAGGAAGUACUUGGAGAUGGGGAAGAUCAUGGAUGGGUUUGAGAAGAUCGUGUACAAAUCAAUGGAGGAGGCUGAGAAACAGAAGGAACUCGCGGAAGACAAAAUCAAAAAGGUUCAAAAAGAGAGAGACCAACUUAUUGCAGACCUGAACUCCAUGGAAAAGUCUUUCUCUGACCUUUUCAAGAGGUUUGAGAAGCAGAAAGAAGUGAUUGAAGGCUACCAGAAGAAUGAAGACUCACUGAAGAAAUGUGUUGAGGAAUACAUAGCGAAGAUUGAAAAGGAGGGCCAGAGGUACCAAGCACUGAAGGCCCAUGCAGAAGAGAAACUCAACCUGGCUAAUGAAGAGAUUGCCCAAGUGCGUAGCAAGGCCCAAGCAGAGGCACUGGCCUUCCAGGCAAGCCUAAGGAAGGCACAGAUGCAAAUCCACUCACUGGAGAAGACUGUGGAACAGAAGACUAAAGAAAACGAUGAACUGACCAGGAUCUGUGAUGACCUCAUCUCUAAGAUGGAGAAGAUCUGACUCAACCAGCCAUCACCAACCCUCUGUCUGUCCAUUUCUUUGUCUGUCUGAUUUGUCUUUUCUGUGUGGUCUUUAACCCCUAUUCAUCCCUAAGUUAUAUUA